AGUGCAGUCGUCAUCAUCAUGCGUCAGUAUCGCGCUAAACUCGUCAGUCGCUUACGGUCAGAUGAUCUCCGACUUGCGAGACUACCGCGCGCUUUCGUUCCCGGCUUCCCGACAUACGUGCUUUUAAUCCAGUGCCUUAUUUACGUUUUACGUAAAAGGAAAACAUUUUGUGACUCUAGUAAAACAGUGUUGUGUGCAUCGAAUUGGUUUAGACGCUGAGAAACCAUGAAACGGUGAAACGCUUUCACGAAGUCGAUGUAAUACUGUCAGCUGUUAUAGUUUAUUGUAAACGAAAACCGAGAUCAAAAUGAGAAGAUUACAGAAGUGCUGCUGUUGUGCCUCCACGCGGACGGGGACGAUUAUUACCGCUGUAUUAGGGAUUAUUCUCUCCAUCGCCACUAUUAUCACCGUGUGGGUUGCAAACAAGCAUAAUGUUUCCUACAGGACAUUUAUCUUCGCGGAGGACUUUGAUAAAAAAUUGUCAGAUAUGGAUAUUCCCAGGAUAAUUUUAACCGUCAACUUGUGUUUCACUAUUUUAAUAUGCUCACUGCUCAUCGUGGCAGUUUUAAAGAGACGCUCGUGGUUGAUGCUACCGUGGGUGGUGCUGGGUAUAGUACUCGCGAUUGGAUUACUCAUAAGCGUUCUUCAUACUUCAAUUACCUACUACCUCGAUGAACAAGAUCACGUCAUUUUAGCCACUUGCAUCCUAAUUGGCGGACUGAUAUAUUUGUGCAUAUACCUCUAUCUAUGGGCAGUUGUAUUCAGCCAUUAUCUAGAUGUUCGCGACGAAGAAGAACGGGGCCGGUACCGAAAAGCUCCCUACAAACGAUAAAAAACCACCGAAAUAAAUUAUACAUUAUAAACUGUUAUAAAAAAGUGCCUUUAUAUGUCUUCAGUGACAUACAUAUAUCAAGAUCUCGUCUGAGAGAAAUUAUGUUAUAGUCAUUUGACACUUAUAUAAUUGUUAAAAAAAUAUCAAUAUAAUGUUUGUAAGAUAUUUUGUGCACAUACAUCGACGACGAUUUUUU